CACUGGAAUUAGUUGCAUUUCAACAGUCGACAAUGAAGCUCUGGCUGGGUAUCACUUUAGUGGCUCUGGCGCUGGCCCUUGGCCAGACGCAGGCCAGUAUCUUUGAGAGCACCUUCAAGAGGCUGCAUGGAGAGCCGCCGCUGCCCACCAAUCAGAAUCGUGCGGAUGUGGUGCAAACUUUGUGGAUCGAACAGCAAUUGGAUCACUUUGAUGACGCAGAGCAGCGCACCUGGCAAAUGCGCUAUAUGCUGAAUGAUGCCCUGUAUCAAUCGGGUGGACCUUUGUUCAUUUAUUUGGGCGGAGAAUGGGAGAUCUCAGCGGGCAGAAUCACUGGCGGACACAUCUACGACAUGGCCAAGGAGCAUAAUGCUCUGUUGGCCUACACAGAGCAUCGGUAUUACGGCCAGAGCAAACCCUUGGACGAUCUCUCCAAUGACAAUAUAAAAUAUUUGAAUGUCAAACAAGCCAUCGAGGAUUUGGCUGUCUUUAUCGGAUAUCUGAAGGCCAACCAUGCGGGUCUGUCCCAGUCCAAGGUCAUCAUUGUGGGUGGCUCGUACUCGGCCACAAUGGUCACGUGGUUCAAGAAGGUUCAUCCCGAUCUAGUGGCCGGUGGCUGGGCCUCCAGUGCGCCGCUGCUUGCCAAGGUUAACUUCGUGGAAUACAAGGAAAUCACCGGCCAGUCCAUCGCUUUGAUGGGUGGCUCUGCCUGCUAUAAUCGCAUUGAAAGUGGCAUUGCCGAACUGGAGACAAUGCUCGCAACCAAACGAGGAGCUGAGGUCAAGGCUCUGCUGAAACUCUGCGAACGCUUUGAUGUCUAUAGCGAUCUGGAUGUUUGGACAUUGUUUAGCGAGAUUUCGGAUAUAUUUGCAGGCGUUGUGCAGACACACAAUGCUGGUCAGAUCGAAAGCGUUUGCGAGAAGAUUUUGUCGGGCUCGAGUGAUCUAAUUGGUGUCGCCAGCUACUUGCUGGAUGUGUUUGAGGAGAGUGGCGGCAAGUGCAAUGACCUGAGCUAUGAUGCCAUUCUGUCAGUGCUGCUGGACACCAGCUACACGGGGAAUAUCAUGCGUCAGUGGAUCUUCCAGACCUGCAACGAGUACGGCUGGUAUCAGACCUCUGGCUCCAGGGCUCAGCCUUUCGGCACCAAAUUCCCCGUGGCUCUGUACACCACCAUGUGCGGGGAUAUCUAUGGAUCGCAGUACGGCAACGAGUUCAUCGACAGCCAGGUGGCUGCCACAAACGAAUACUUUGGCGGCUUGACACCCGGCGUGGAGAAUGUCUACUUGACCCAUGGCCAUUUGGAUCCAUGGCGUGCAAUGGGCAUUCAGGAUGCAGCUCAGGCCACGGUUAUACCCGAGUAUGCCCAUUGCAAGGACUUCAAUUCGAUCAGUGACAGCGACACAGCGGAGAUGAGAGCCUCCAAGGAACGCAUUGCCGAAUUGGUCAGGGAAUGGAUUAAGUAAUGGAUCAAACAGAAUAUACAUGGAAUAUUUAAGUUGAAUAAAUAAAU